UCGUCGACCCCUCUCUCUCUCUCUCUCUCUCUCUCUCUCUCUCUCUCUCUCCUCUCUCUAUUCUUCGUUUCCUAAUUUCGAUUUGCCCCCUCUAAUUCUCCUUUUGGCUAAUUGCCCCGUUCAACACCCUAAUUUGACCCCGCUCAUCGGCUUCUAGGGUUAGGGUUUCCUCCUCCUCGUCCUGAAUCCGAGAAAAGGUCGCGCCUUUGCACUCGCCCAAUUGGAGGAGGCCUUCGCAAUCGAUCAGGUUGGUCACCAGCCGGAAACUUCGUCUCUAAAUUCACUGCGGAGGAGGCAAUUGGUUGAUAUGGACAUCAUUGAAAUCGGUUCUUCAGAAAGUGAUGAUGAUUUUGAGGUCAGUGAUGACGAAUCAUUAGGCGAUACCUUCAGCGAUGCUGCUAACCAGUGGUCGAAUAGUCCACAGUUUCCAAUCCAGGUCGAUGAAGAUGAACCAAGCAUUGCACCUUAUAGAAGCCCUUACGCUGGGCGGGAUGAAUUAGGCACCAUAAAUAAUUCGGAGCUUACCAAAAAUCAAGAAGUGAAUUCUCCGACAAACUAUCCAUCUCAGCUCAGUCAGCGGAGGACUCUUCCACUGUCAUUUCAGCCAAGAUUUUCGAAGCCUCCAGUGAAAGGGGUUCAUGAAAGGUCUGUGAGAACCCAUGAAGGGUUUGGCCCUUCUUCUGCAAGUGCUGUCGGGCCAAACAGUAAGUUGGAUGAUAGGGGAAAGGAAAUUAAUGAAUUUGAUAUGCACAGAAAUAAUGGUAAACAUAGGGCUCUUCCUACGUCUUUUACAAAUCAUAAGCAUGUGGAAGAUACACAGUCAAAAGAUUUACUAGAAUCCAGGGGAAAGAGCAAUUAUUUUGCGAAUUCUUCUCAUUAUGUUGGAGGACAUGCAUCUAAUGGUGUGAACCAGAGGUCAUUUUUUGAUAAUUCUUUCAUAGCUUCAACUGGAAGUACUCAAGGUGAUAUGCAUAUAAAUGGAAAUGCUGGUACACACAGGGUUCUUCCUCCGUCAUUAACGUAUGGCAAUUCAACUAAUGGCUUACCGCCUGUCGCUGGUACUGAUUUGCAGCAUCGAUCAAACCUUGUAGAAGAUAGGCACUUCGACUGUGACGAGAGAGUUAUAUAUCAACAAGCAUUGCAGGAUCUUGGUCAACCUAAAUUGGAAGACGACCUGCCCAAGGGACUCUUAUCUGUUUCUCUUUUAAAGCAUCAGAAAAUAGCCUUAGCUUGGAUGGUUCAGAAGGAGAAGAGUGUAUAUUGUGCUGGUGGCAUUCUUGCUGACGAUCAGGGUCUUGGUAAGACUGUGUCGACAAUAGCCCUUAUUCAAAAGCAGAAGUCUCAGCAGUCCAAGUUCACUUCAGAUGAUUCGAAUCAUGUAAAGCCUGAAGCACUAAAUUUAGACGAGGAUGAUGAUGGUGUAACUGUAGUGGAUAAAUCAAAGGAAAUCACAAAUAAUGAACCUAAAUGCGAGUCAUCGGCUUCACAUGCGGAUGAAGAAAAGCAAAAUGUUAAGCCCGAAACUAAACAGGAGCCUGGAGCUAGUUCAUCGAAACGCGGAUCGAACAUGUCAAGGCCUGCGGCUGGUACAUUGGUCGUAUGCCCUGCUAGUGUUCUUCGGCAGUGGGCCCGUGAGCUGGAGGACAAGGUCACGGAAAGUGCUAAAUUAUCUGUUUUGGUCUACCAUGGAGGUUCACGGACAAAAAACCACCCUAGUGAUCUGGCAAAGUACGAUGUUGUUCUCACAACUUAUACAAUUGUAACCAAUGAAGUACCAAAAAAACAAUCUGUAACUAAUGAUGAUGAUGGGGAACAGAAAAAUCUUGAUAAAUUUGGGUUGGGGUCUUCAGAGUUUGCUCCGAAUAAGAAAAGGAAGACACCAUCUAGUUCAAGGAGCAAGUCGAAGAAAAGAGGGAAAGGGCAUAAGGAUUCACAGUUGGAUAUUGGGAGUGGACCACUUGCUAGAGUAAGAUGGUUUAGGGUUGUACUAGAUGAAGCCCAAACAAUAAUAAAGAAUUACAGAACUCAAGUUGCUAGAGCCUGCUGCGGGCUUCGAGCCAAGAGAAGAUGGUGCCUAUCAGGAACGCCUAUACAAAAUGAAUGCAAUUGACGAUAGUUGUACAGCUAUUUUCCGUUUUUUGAAGUACUGUAUGAUCCAUAUUCUGUGUAUAGCUCGUUCUGUGCGUCGAUAAAAUAUCCAAUAUCUAGGAAUGCAAGCCAUGGAUAUAAAAAGCUUCCUCAAGCUAUUCUGAGGACUGUAUUGCUUCGGCGCUCAAAAGAAACCUUAAUUGAUGGAGAACCGAUUAUCAAAUUACCUCCAAAAACGAUUAGUCUGAAAAGGGUAGAUUUCUCUCCAGAGGAGCGAGCUUUCUAUUUGAAGCUAGAGGCAAAUUCACGCCAACAGUUCAAGGAGUAUGCUGCUGCUGGCACCUUGAAACAAAACUAUGCAAGUAUUCUGUUGUUGCUUUUGCGUCUUAGGCAGGCAUGUGACCAUCCACUUCUUGUCAAAGGACAUCAUUCAGACAAUGUUGGAAGCGAUUCAUUAGAAAUGGCAAGGCAACUUCCUAGGGAUAUGCAGAUCAGUUUACUGAGUAAGCUGGAAGGUUCAUCGGCAAUUUGUAGUAUAUGCAGUGACCCACCCGAGGAUGCAGUUGUGACAAUGUGCGGCCAUGUCUUCUGUUUUCAAUGUGUGCAUGAACGCUUAACUGGGGAUGAGAAUCAAUGUCCGGCAACUGGUUGCAAAGAUUUUCUUGCUACAGAUUCAGUUUUCUCACGCUCCACAUUGAAACUCUGUGUUUCCGGUGAAUAUGAUUCCAAUGCUUCAACCAGUUCUUCAGCAGACGAGGAACCUUCAAUUGGCCAAAGUGGUUAUAUCUCAUCUAAGAUUCGAGCGGCUCUCGGUAUCUUGAACUCUCUUUGUAGUCCAAGUUCAAUUGGUCUUAAGGAAUACAGUGAGGUGGAUUCUGUUUCAGUUCGAACAUACAAUAUGAUCACGAAUGGUUCUGAUUUUUCUACACAUUCGACCGCAAAUCCUGAGAAUCCAGUCAAGGCCAUUGUGUUCUCGCAGUGGACUAGCAUGCUGGACCUGCUAGAGCUUUCGUUGAAUCGCGAUCUAAAACAGUAUCGGAGACUUGACAGGACGAUGUCGCUUAAUAUGAGAGACAGAGCUGUAAGAGAUUUCAAUACUGAUCCAGAGGUUCGAGUUAUGCUCAUGUCGCUGAAGGCUGGAAAUCUCGGUUUGAACAUGGUUGCUGCUUGCCAUGUGAUUCUUCUUGAUCUUUGGUGGAACCCAUAUGCUGAAGAUCAGGCCGUUGAUCGAGCACAUAGAAUCGGUCAGACUCGGCCCGUAACUGUUUCUCGUCUAACUGUUAAAGAUACAGUGGAGGACCGUAUAUUAGCCCUACAGGAGGAGAAGCGAAGGAUGGUAUCUUCCGCUUUCGGGGAAGGAGCUGGUGGCCACACUACUCGCCUCACGGUGGAAGAUCUGAGAUACCUCUUUAUGGUAUAAGCACUAACCAUAGGAUUCAGUGAAAUUUUUUGGGGGAGGGGUUUGUUUAUGGCUAUGGCAAUCGUGCAAGCCGAGCAUUAAGUAAACCAAGUGACUCAAAGAGUUUUGCUUCUUGUCGAUCACCACCAGA